AUGUGCAUGGAGCCGACCUGGUUAGCUUCCACCAAGACCUUCUCCUCCCAGUUGAUAGAGAGUGAGGAUGCCAAACUGGUGGUGAUGAUGAAAAGGAAGAUUAUCCUAGUUUUUUUGCCUGAUGUCACGGAAGUGAAGCUUCAGCUCCGGGUGGGCGAUGAUGUGAAGUCUCUCAACUGA